CGUAAAGCUGGCCGGCAGGAAGGCGGCGAGGGGAUUGCGACAGUUGUGAGGCGGCGGAAGUAAAGCAAUUUCCCCCGAGUGUGUGGAAUCCGCCUUUUCGAAGGCGGCGCUUAUUUGCUCAGCGAGAACAAGAUGGCGUCGGUGUGGGACGAAGCGGAGGAUGGCAUCGGCGAGGAGGUGCUCAAGAUGUCCACCGAGGAGAUCGUGCAGCGGACCCGCCUCCUGGACAGCGAGAUCAAGAUCAUGAAGAGUGAAGUAUUAAGAGUAACCCAUGAGCUACAAGCCAUGAAAGAUAAGAUCAAAGAAAACAGUGAGAAGAUCAAAGUGAAUAAAACCCUGCCUUACCUUGUUUCCAAUGUCAUAGAGUUACUGGAUGUUGAUCCCAAUGACCAAGAAGAAGAUGGAGCAAAUAUUGACCUUGAUUCUCAAAGGAAGGGCAAGUGUGCUGUAAUCAAAACCUCCACACGUCAGACUUAUUUCCUGCCUGUGAUUGGGUUAGUUGAUGCUGAAAAAUUGAAGCCUGGAGACUUAGUGUUAUUUUCUUUUAGAUUUGAUAGUGAAAAGGCUGGUGAUCGUGAAGUACAGAGGACCAUGCUGGAAUUGCUGAACCAGCUUGAUGGAUUCCAACCCAACACACAAGUGAAAGUGAUUGCUGCCACCAACCGCGUGGAUAUUCUAGAUCCUGCUCUACUCCGUUCAGGACGGCUGGACCGUAAGAUUGAAUUCCCAAUGCCCAACGAGGAGGCCAGAGCUAGGAUUAUGCAGAUCCAUUCACGCAAGAUGAAUGUCAGUCCUGAUGUAAAUUAUGAAGAGCUGGCUCGUUGUACAGAUGACUUCAAUGGUGCACAGUGCAAAGCUGUGUGUGUUGAAGCGGGAAUGAUUGCACUGCGGCAUGGAGCUACUGAACUUACCCAUGAAGAUUACAUGGAAGGAAUCUUGGAAGUGCAGGCCAAGAAGAAAGCCAACCUACAAUAUUAUGCCUGAAUCUUUCACCUAAAAUUGUUUACUAAGGCCUUGACUGAGAAAGCAGGAUCAAAACAGUUGGAACUGAACUGUCUAAUUUUCUUUUAUGUAAUGGGGAAAAAUAAAGCAUCUGUUUUGAUGAA